AUGCUCUUUGCCAAAGAAAGAUUGCCACUACCAUCACCGACUAAUGGCAUCUGCAUCGUGUACGUAAACUGUGACUUCAUACUGCAGCUGCUGAUCCGCAACGCUAAUCUGCGCGAUCCAGCGAUCGAGAACUAUGUGGCACAGUCAGUCUGUGGCUACAGCGAUGUAACACCGAUGGUUUGCUGUCCAACGUUCAGGUUCGCUCACCAAGACUCAAACACGACAUCCAGCUUCACCAAUCCACCAACCGUUACUACCGCACCCGGGUCCUUCUUUUUCGCGGCCGUUUCAUCCUCUGGAGCUGGUUCUAGCACUGCCGGCCCAACUACCGUAACGUCCAGCAGCACCGGCUCGAACCGGCUCCCAACGAACGAUGCCGACCGUUGUGGCAUGUCGAACGGGACGCACACGCGUGUAGUCGGCGGUGUCGAUGCGCAGCUAAACGCUUGGCCAUGGAUGGCAGCACUUGGCUAUCGAUCGACCUCGUUCGAGCUAAACGCCGGGCCACGGUUUCUGUGCGGUGGUACGCUGAUCACCACACUGCACGUCCUGACCGUGGCACACUGCAUCCAGACGGCGCUGUACUUUGUACGGCUCGGGGAGCACGAUAUCACAUCGGACCAGGACGGUGCCAACCCGGUAGACAUCUACAUACAGCGCUGGGUGGUGCACGAGCGUUACGAUGAGAAAAAGAUCUACAACGAUAUUGCGCUGGUGCUGUUGCAGAAAUCCGUCACCAUUACGGAGGCAGUCCGGCCGAUCUGUUUGCCGCUGGAAGCGAAACAGCGCACCAAGGAUCUAACCUAUUACGCACCGUUCAUUGCCGGGUGGGGAGCGGUCGGGUACAACGGGCCGACCGCUGCCCGGCUGCAGGAGGCACAGGUGGUCGUGCUUCCGGUUGACCAGUGUGCGUUCAACUACAAGCUGUACUUUCCCGGGCAGAUCUUCGAUGACACGGUGCUGUGUGCUGGUUUCCCCCAAGGGGGCAAAGACUCCUGCCAAGGAGAUAGUGGCGGUCCGCUAAUGUUGCCCGAGCUCUCGUCCAACGGCCAGUACUACUACUACACCCUCAUCGGACUCAUCUCGUACGGAUACGAAUGUGCGCGGGCUGGGUUUCCGGGGGUGUACGUGAAAGUGACCGCGUAUCUUCCCUGGAUCGAGGCGAACCUCAACUUCUUACAGCACGCAGCGCCAUUAAACAAGUGUUCCAGUGAUCGCGUCGAUCAAGUAGAGAGUGUGGUUUUAUUUGAAUUUUGUUGCAAAGCAGUGUAUUUAAUCCGUGUGAGCAUAAUGUGGAAGUUAAUGUUCCUUAUUCUUACCUGCCUGGUUAUAAGCCAAGUGCAACCGCAAGCCGGCCGAUCUUGCUAUACCCCGAACGGUCAGAUAGGCGUGUGUCAGGUGUUCCAGUACUGUGCCUCCCUGAUCCAGUUGUACCAGUACAAUCGGAACCAGGAGACGGUAAACUUCCUGCUCGCUUCCCAGCGCAGCUGCGGCAAUCGCAACUUUAACGGCAGCCCAGUGCUCUGCUGCAGCGACGGCGUGCAGUACGAUCCCACUACAACCUCGUCUCCUUUUGUAGAGGUAACGACAGCUCCUCCGACCACGCUGGCACCGCUCCGUACGGCCGACUGCAUCGGGCCGGACAAUCGUGAAGGAUACUGCAUAAAUAUUCGAAGCUGUCCGGAUGUGUUGAAUGAGUUCGUUCAGCGUCAGCGCGACCCACAGUACGUGCAGUACAUCCGCCAGUCGAAUGCCGUGUGCAACUACAUCCAGCCAAACGUGUGCUGCCCGCUGCAGAAGUCAGCUCCGCCUGCACCACCGACCGUACCACCUACUGCACCACCGACGGCUCCUCCACCACCGCCGCCACCGCCACCAGCACCGGUCACCCAGGCUCCACCUGCACCAGCACCGUCCAGCGGGCCGGUUGAGUUGCUAACGCCCGAAACGGGCUGCGGAUACAGCACGGUGCAGCACAACCGUGUGGUCGGCGGUGUUCCGGCCGAACUGAAUGGAUGGCCCUGGAUGGCGCUGGUCGGGUAUAAGAAUACGCUCGGCGAGGUUUCGUUCAAGUGUGGCGGUUCGCUCAUUACCAAGCGCCACGUACUGACGGCGGCUCACUGUAUUCGGCGCGAUCUGUCGUCGGUUCGAUUGGGUGAGCACGAUACGUCCACCGAUGCGGAAACGAAACACAUCGACGUACCCGUCGUUCGCUACGAAUCUCAUCCAUCGUAUGACAAAAAAGACGGACAUACCGAUUUGGCCGUGCUGUACAUGGAGUUUGAGGUGCAGUUCAGUGAUGCGAUCAAGCCCAUCUGUCUGCCCUUGAGCGAGACGAUCCGCAGCAAGAACUUCAUCGGCUACACCCCGUUCGUGGCGGGCUGGGGUCGCACCCAGGAGGGUGGCAAGUCGGCCAACGUGCUGCAGGAGCUACAGAUUCCCAUCAUCGCGAACGACGAGUGCCGCACGCUGUACGACAAGAUCGGGAAGGUGUUUUCGCAGAAGCAGUUCGAUAACGCGGUCAUGUGUGCCGGUGUGAUCGAGGGCGGCAAGGAUUCGUGCCAGGGCGACAGUGGUGGGCCGCUGAUGUUGCCGCAACGGUUCGGUACCGAGUUCCACUACUACCAGGUCGGCAUCGUGUCGUACGGUAUCGGAUGCGCUCGUGCAGAAGUGCCCGGCGUUUAUACGCGCGUGGCCAGCUUCGUCGAUUGGAUACAGCAGAAGGUUGCGGAACCGCUGUAAGGCCCUCUGCGCUGCGUGAAGAUACUCUAUGUUUGUGUUGUUUUCUCUUACGUUUCCAAUAAAUGGUAUUAUUAGUGUUGUGAGUACAAAUGAAAA